GAUAGCAAGUUAGCUAUCUAGCUAACCUGUCGAGGUUUUGCAAGCAAGUGCGACAGCUCUGCCAUGAUCAUCAUUUGAUAUUGUCAUAUUGCCUUUAGCGGCUACAGAACUUAACAUUGAAUAGAUAGAUAUAUAUAUAUUGAGAAGUGUCAUAUCUAUAUACAUUUGUUUUACGGAUGAUUUGUGUCGAUAUUGUUCCACUCAAACGGUUAGCUAACUUUAGCGUGGCUAGCUAAUUCAGCUACUACUAUUCAUCCAAGCCGGUGUACCUCACUACAGAGGAUGGCGUCAUCUUUCGUUGUUGGAGUCAAAUUCAGGGAGAAGGUGAAAGAAUUGUUGGAUAAAGAGUCUUCAGUUCCCACAGACUUAUUCGAAGAAUUGGAACCCAUACUUGAUGGAGACGGGGAGUCUAGUAUACGUUUUAAAACCGUGAGAAAACUGAACACAUACCUCCAAAAUCAUGGACAUCCAGUCUACCUUCAUGAAUUGUUGGAGGAGAGCGUGCUGUACUUACCAGAGUACAAAAAGCCUCCACGAAAUCCUGAGUUGGUGGCUCGUCUAGAGAAGAUAAAAGCAAAGCUUGCUAAUGACGAGUACAACCGGAUGACAAGAAAUGUGAACAACCAAGAACUUAGCCGUCAUGGGACAUUAGCAGACUUUGGAAGGGAAGUGCGUUCGGCCAAAGCGGCAGUUCUGACAGUCUUCAACUUCCUGGUUACGGUGGCUGCAACAUUUGCCUGUGCUUACAUCUUCAGCCAGUAUAUCUUCACAGAAACAACAGCUCGGGUGAUUUCUGCAGUGAUUGCAGCCUCUGUGGUGGGUCUGGCAGAACUUUAUGUCCUGGUCCGGACUAUGGAAGGAGAUUUAGGGGAGCCAUGAUGCCCACCCACCCCAUUACUCUUUUAGUUAAUACAUUCCAAAAGGAUAUUUGCCUCUAUAUGGAACUAAGAAGCAUCUGUCUUGUGACGGUUCAAACCGAAUAGUCUGGCUCUAAAGAAUGAGAAGGAAAACCUGGAAGAUGAAGUACACAUUGUGGCAACAAAUGGAGUACUUAGGCCACACAGCAAAUGGAUAUUUGUUUUGUUGUCUGCUUUGUUUUCUUUUUUGUUGACCUGACCUGUUUGUAAAAACAUGUUUUGUGUUUAUUUGAUUUUGGUUGUUACUUAACUAUACCUAUUCCUACAACAUAUUUAUUUUCUUCCGAACUACUGUCUUAUUUCUUUUCUUUAGAAUCCAUGGGUUGUAUCAAUCCUUUCCAUGGUAAUCUUAAAAGUUAAAAACAUUCAAGAGAUAUGAUCGUGUGCAUUCCUUGAAAACUAAAAGUCUGUGUUCAAUUUGCAAAAAUAAAUACAAAUUAGGUUGUGAGAAUUAAUGUGUGUCAGGAUCAGUGAUAUUCCAGCUGGCGUAAUUUUAUUGUAAUGACAAAUAAUAUUCUGGAUAGUACUAAUAUCGCAGUUCUCUGUAUGUUGUAUUUAAACAGUACUGGGAAGCUAAAUGGACAAAAAAGAUGGGACAUUUCAUGACUUAUUAUACAUUGUGUUUUGGAAAGCACAGAUGCCCCUGAAUGUUUUUUCUUCCUAAAGGUGAGUGGCAGAUGACUGCACCUCACUCCAGUCUGGAGAGACAGCAUAUGGGAUAUAGCAUUACAUUUAAGGCCUUUGAAAAUGAGGGGCACCCAUCUGUUGCUGGCAUGGGUAACUCAGUUCUGACAAUUCCCCCUUACUUUGAAGCUUUGAAUGUAGUAUUGGUUUGUUUAUUAUUUUUACAUUCCCUGUGGCUUCUUCCUUUUUGGCCGUACCAGAUGUGUCAGUAAUUGUUGUGAGCUGCUGAUCAGUGUUAAUCUUGUUUGAGAGGUUUUACAUGCAGAUGGAUUUGGGAGACAAGCAGCAACAACAUUCAGCUAACAACAUGUAGAGGAAAAUAGCUAUCAAAUGAUUUUUCUGACAACAGGUGUCCCUUGCCGUGAUUUGUAUUUAAUACACCCCUUAAGUAGGGAUCUGACAUUGUGCCCCCACCUAAUCUGUGUCAUUUUAAUCUUUUUUUUAUAUCAAUACAUAGCAAGUAGUUCUGUAAUAUUGGUGUAAGAUUAAAAUAUGUAACUACAUCUGCAAUGUAAAAAAAGUCUCUCUCAAAGAACUGAGAUUUGACACCCGGAUUAAGAAUUGAUUGAAAGAUUAUUUGGUUUUAGAGAUGAUUAUGAUAUGCUGGGAUCACUGUCCAGCAGGCCAGUGAGUCGUGAGGCACUGGUCAUACCUCUGCUGUAUUAUUGCACAGGAGACCUUAAAUCCAUCUUGAAUUAAAGAGUCGGUAAGCUGAUA